AUGAAGUUUGGAAAGAGUUUAGAAUACAUUCACGACAAUGCUUUCAGAGAUUGUGAACAUUUAGAAUUAAUUGAGUUUUCUGAAUGUAAUAAAGCAACAAUUGGAGCUUAUUCAUUCAAUAAUUGCAAGAAUCUAAAGAGAAUUGUUUUUGCUAAUAAUAUAACAAAAAUAGGAAAGAAUUGUUUUUCAAAUUGCAUAUCACUUUCGGAUGUUAUAUUCCCAUCUUCAUUAGAAUAUAUAAAUGCUUUUGCGUUUUCGAGAACAGGAAUAUUGAAUGUAUCAUUUCCAUUAGAUUCUAAACUAAUAUCACUUGGUGUUGGAUGUUUCAGCGAAUGUAGGAAUCUAUCAUAUAUAUCUCUCCCUCAAUCUGUGAAUGAGAUUCAACAAAGUUGUUUUGAGUUGACAAACAUAUCUUCUUUCGUCGUUCCGAAUCAUACUGAAUACAUAUCUGAUUAUGCAUUCAAAGACUGCUCAAACUUACGAACAUUCACAAUUCCAUCGAACUGCUCUCUUCGAAGAUUCGGAAAUCUCUUCUUCGAAGGAUGCUCAUCUCUUUCUGUCAUCGAGUGCCCUCAUAGUGAAUGGUUUUGUGUCGAUGUCGGUGCACUAUACAACAAGAACGAGACAGAGCUCAUUUGCUUCCCGCCUGCGUCCGAUAUCAAGUUCUUCAAUCUCCCACAAACACUCGAAACGAUAUCGUCAGGUGCUUUCAUCGGAUGCAAGAAUCUCGUUAGCAUAUCAAUCGCGAGCAACUCAGUGAAGACGAUCAAGCAAUAUGCAUUCGCAAAUUGUUCUUCUCUCACAUUCAUCAACAUUCCAAUCUGUGUUCAAAACAUAGAGAGUUCUAUAUUCAUCGGCUGCAACAAAUUACGUUGCGGUGUUAUCAUCGAAAAUCGCACAACAUCUUUUAUUAAGAGAAUUAUUUCAGUCUGUCUUCUCAAUCCUAAAGCUAUUUUCGACUGCGACAUUCUUUCAUGUCAAUGUAUUCGAAUUCACUCAUCCAUAACAUCACAUAUUCUAUAUUCUUUUUCAAUAAUAUUCUAUCUUGGAAUAUUCUAA